GAAUUGUUAAUUCAAGAAAUCAAGUCCGAAUAUAGAUAUGAUGACUACAUAAGAAUGGCAAUUAGUUUAGAAAUAAAAAAGAUUUCUGUCGGAUUUCGAUUUUGGCAAAACCAUGAUAACAAAAUUG